CCAUCUCCGCCAAACAGUUUUCUUUGCAAAUCGCAAGUUCAAUAUGGCGACGAUUUGUGUAAAUCACUUGUUCGAAAUGUAAUCAAAAUCCUCACCUCAAAUAUUGAACCAGUUUUGAGAUUAAUAGGGCUACUAUUUGCUUGUCACUGUGUUUUCGUUUCCUUGACUUCCUCUUUUUAAGUUUUCGUUACAUGUUUAGCCGUUUGUCUCCCUUGUCACUCUUAAUUUAACCAAGCCGCCUUUGUUUUUGUUUCUGCGCUGUUUUCUGACGGCCUAGAGGAUAUGGAGUAUCUUGUGUGAAUGGAUGUGAAUGAUUUUACCUGGUUCUGUGACAUUUGUUUAUACACCAUCAACAACUUUUUCCACUAUGGAACCAAAAUUCGGCCGUUAAAAUAAUGAAGAAUUGUACGUCAGACAUCACUUACCAUCAGUUUCUUAAAAGUUGACAGAAGUUUCAUAAAAUGUGAUGUCUUGCCCCUGACUUGAGGGAAGGGUGCUACUACCCUCCCAUUGACUCCUGCUCAUUAUUGGAGCAGGCCUUAAAGUUACUUAAGAACCUUUUUAAUGGCAAGAGGAAGAAGGCGUUCUAAAAAGCAGCAGCAUGCAACAAUUCAUCUUGGAGGGGAAGGGUUGAGCCCAAAGCCUGUCCUCAAUGCGACGUCCAAAGAUAAAAGGCAGGACAAAACUGCUGCAAAAGGAACGAUGGAGCCUGUAAUCUGUCUGAAAGGAUCUAAUAACACCUUAAAUGGAAAUCACGAGGAUGCUCAAUGCAACAAUGAUAAAAGACAUCAAACUUGCCCACCAAAUGAUGCAUCUAAUCAUUCUGAAUGCAAUGGCUUCAGUGGUUCCUACCUACCAAACGAUAUGGAAGGACUUACUGGUUCUACAGUCCCUAUACAUGGAUCUCCCAAGCUUAAUAGUCCAUCGGAUUCAAAUCAAAUGAGGGUGGACGUUUCAACACAUACAUCUAUCUCAUAUCCAAAUGGCUGUCAAGCCAUGUGUGAUUAUUGUGCGAUCCCUUUUGAAAGCGAACAUGAUCUUCAAGUGCACUGUCAGACUGAAGCCCAUCAAAUUGUUGUAAUGUCAGAUGGAGAGAGGGAAUGGAAGUAUCGACCUCCUCCUCGAGGCUUCAUGGCUGGAAGCUACACACUUUGUGAAAAUUGGGAUAAAACCUGUAGGUAUGGUGCACAAUGUGUCGAAGCCCACAGCACUGAAGAGCUUCAAGAAUGGCGCAAGAGAUAUGAAUAUCGCCAUGAUAAGAUUCAAAAGGCAGAACAACAAAAUUUCCUUAAAAAAUCAUACACUGAAUGUUUGCUUGACAAGUGGUCACAUUCUUCAAACCCUGACUGUAUUCUGAAAGAAAAAGUAGAUUAUGCUGAAGAUUCUAUUGCUGAAAACCAACUAACAACUACUGUAUCCAAGGACUCUAGGACAGAUUGGAUCUUUUUAGUAAAAACGUCCAAGAUUCUGCGAGCUGUUGCAUUGUUACAAUAUGCAGAUAGAAACAAAUUUUCAAUCAAGUGUGUCAAAAGUGUUGUGACAGGCCACCAUAAAGAAUGGAAACCAGAAAACACUGAUGAAUGGCUCUUGUCUGAGACAGAUAGUUGUAAUUUGGAGAGUCUCCAAAAGACCAAGUCCCAUUUGGAAUUCAAACAUUCAAUUUGUGUUGAAUUUUUCUCUGAUAUUUAUGGAACUUUUCGUCAGGCUGUGGCAUUUGAUUUUGGUGUUGAACCUUUGAUGGUUAAACAUUUAUGUGUGGAUGUCCGACCUGCUUCUUUUGCAACCAAUGUUGAAGAGCUGAAAAAGGAGCUUUUUAUGGAAGAAAGAUGGGACGAAAACAAUGCAGAAAUCAUUAAGUUUUCAAUGGUUAAUUAUGAAACCGGUCAGGUUUUCUUUAACGAAACAGAAGAACUGGUAAAACAGUAUCCCACUCCUACCCCAUCUACUUUCACCCUUACUCAGUCGACUGUCACUGAAAGGAUGAUAACAAAAAAUAAUUACUGCUCCCGAAUGCAUGAACUUCUUGGUGUUGAGGAAAUGGCUCGUUACCAACAGGUUGCUCGAUACAAUGUAAGGUCAAAGCUCAACAUAACAAAGUCAUAUCUUUUAGCACCAGCUGGUACAGCUCAUAGUACGGCAAAGUUUGCUCAAAAUGAUGAAAUGUAUGCUGUAAUGAACCUUAGCCAAGCAAUAUCUGAAGAUACUGCUGCAGGGCGGCUUAUUUUAAAUAAUUGCACAAGUGUGUUGCUGUGUGCUGCAGAUCCACCGGAGAAAACUACCAAAUCUGUACCAAACAAACAAGCAACUGAAACUCCAAAAAAGAGAAAGGUCUUUGAAGCACUAAUCGAGGAUAAGGGGAAGAAUGUGAUCUAUCUUAAGUUAUCAUCAGAUACUGUAGCGGAAUAUAAGAUCACCGGGGGAAUGGUUUUUUAUGCCGAAGUGCAGUUUCAAUUAAAUCGCUUGCAGUACUGUGAGUGGCACCAUGCUGUAGACAGCAUUGAAGACUAUAAAAUUUUAUUUCCUGAAACUUUUCUUGAACCUGAUAUACCAUGGACUCCUCAAAGGCAAUGGAAAGAAAUAAAAGAGACAAAGUUAAAUGUUAAACAAAAGGAGGCAAUUGUGGCAAUAACCACUCCAUUAAGCAUCAAACUUCCUCCUGUUCUAAUUAUAGGACCUUUUGGCACUGGAAAAACCUAUACACUGGCUCAGGCAAUAAAACAGCUAUUGACAGUGCCGGAAUACCGCAUUCUCGUGUGUACUCAUUCCAACUCUGCUGCUGAUAUAUACAUUCAGGACUAUCUCCAUCCUUACGUAUUGAGUGGUCAUGAAGCUGCACGUCCUCUUCGAAUUUAUUAUCACAAGCGCUGGGUGUCCACAGUUCAGCCAAUUGUGCAAAAGUACUGUCUUAUUGAAACUAAUAAUGGUAUGAGACAUUUCAAAGUGCCAUCUAAAGAGGAUGUGGAGAAGCACAGAGUCAUAGUAGUUACCUUAAAUAUGUCUAUGGUGCUAGCAACACUUAAACUUAACAAAGGCUUUUUUACGCACAUUUUGUUGGAUGAAGCUGCCCAAGCAAUGGAAUGUGAAGCCAUAAUGCCUCUGGCUGUCGCUGGAGAGAAAACUCGCAUAGUUCUGGCUGGAGAUCACAUGCAACUGAAUCCUGAACUGUUUUCUCCAUUUGCUAAGGAACGAAAUUUGCAGAUGUCGCUACUAGAAAGGCUUUAUGAUCAUUAUCCUACUUCAUUUCCUUGCAAAAUACUGCUCACUGAGAAUUAUCGUGCACAUGAAGCAAUUAUCAAGUUCACUUCAGAUCUUUUUUAUGACCAGAAGCUUGUAAGUAGUGGUCGACAACCAAGACAUCCCCGGUACUUUCCUCUGACUUUUUAUUCAUGCCGUGGAGAGGAUGUCCAAGAAACAAAUUCAACGGGUCAUUAUAACCUUGCCGAAGUCUACGAAAUAGCUGAGAGAGUUACUGAAUUAAGGCAAUCAUGGCCUAAAGAGUGGGGUGAACUAAAUGACCAAAGUAUUGGAAUUAUGACUCCAUAUGCUGAUCAAGUGUUUCGUAUUCGCUGUGAACUGAGAAGAAAGAGACUUGGUGGAAUUUCUGUUGAACGUGUCUUGAAUGUGCAAGGCAAGCAAUUUCGUGCAAUUUUAAUUAGCACAGUGAGAACACGCCGCACUUGCACCUCAGGUGUGAAAAGCAGUGGCAAUGAAGACAGUGAAUAUGGUUUCUUAUCAAAUUCCAAACUGCUAAAUACAGCUAUAACACGGGCUCAGUCCCUUGUAGCUGUUGUUGGAGAUCCUAUAGCUCUUUGUUCUCUUGGAAGAUGCAGGAAAGUAUGGGAACGUUACAUACAGAUAUGUGAUGAAAAUCAAAGUCUCUUUGGAAUUCCUUGGUCGACAAUACAAGCUCAUUUGGAUGGUGUAGAGUUCAAGCCAAACUAUGGGUUAAAUCCUUUGGCGCCAGAGUUUAUUCCAAUGGGCACUGCUUCACAGAGCUGUAGGAGGAAUCAAACAUUUAAUAAUAGAGCUGGUAAUGAUGCAUUUGUUUUCAACGGAUUUCAAUCACACAUGAGCUAUUUUGAUCAAUCUUCACCUGAGCAGUGUCCACCUGCUCUCCCAUAUCAGCCACCUUGGUAUGGUCCAGGAUCAGCUCCAAUGUCACCUCAUGUGGAAGGAAAUGCAUAUCAAAAUGUGUACCAGCCCGCACACAUUACUAGCACUUCCCAGCAGCUGUGUGGAAUGUACCAAGUCCCCCAACAGACAGCACAGCCAUGGUCUGUGCAACCUGACCCUCAAUUCAGAUCCGUAGUGAUGCAGAAUCAGGCGCAACAACCUCAUGCAUAUCUCAUCGGGACCUGCAAAUUACAAUCUAAUCCUGAUAUGAUGCAGUCUGCUUCUUCUGUGUGCAGCCCAAAUGGCUCUGUUCACUUUAUACCACAAUCUGCCAGGUUAUGGCCAGGUCCUAAUAAUCAUGUAAUUCCUGGAGGUGUGUCCAUUCCAGCCAAUAUAAAUCCUAAACCCUAUGACACAGCAGUAGGUGGGAAACUGGUUGUUCAAGGUGCAGUAGACAUUCCAGGUAUUGAGUUUCUGGGGAAUGGCCUUAGGGUUGGUAAAGUCAAUGGGAUAAUGGUGAACCCUGGAAUGUCUGGUGUCAACCCAGGUGGAACGUCUAAUAUACCUAUCCAAUCUCUGCCAAGCAACUCUGUAGAGUGUGCUCCUUAUCCAACGCAACAUAUUGUGCAGUCUCCACAGUUGCUCGCCCAAGGACCUAGUCAGUUAUAUUUGGGUGCAAGACACUCAACUUUCUCAUCUCAUGCCCAUUUCGCACAGCAGCAUCAGCAACAAGCCUUAUUGCAACAACUCUCUCAAGUUCAAAACCAGGCAAUGCAGAGCCCUGCAUCUACAAAUCAGAACUCAUCAUGUCAUCAACUUGUGCCUAACAGCCUAUUGCAGCAACCACUUGCUCAAAAUAUCCAACCACAAAACUUGACUAUUCAAAAUUCUCAUGUUCUUCAGCAGCACCAGCAAUUGCUACAUCAGCAACAACUCCAACAGGUACACCAUCAGCAAUUACAACAGCAGCAGUUGCAGCAAUUGCAAGCACAGCAGCAGCAUUUACAACAGGCUCAGCAUCAGCAACUGCAACAAGGACAGCAAAUACAGCAGUUGGUUCAAUUUCAACAGCCUCAACUUACACCGUAUGAACAGCUUAGAUUACAACAGGAGUGGCAACAGCACCAGCAAAUGGCUUUAAUGGCUGAACAAAGAAAACAGCUACUUGGUCACAUUCUUACACCUCUUGUGAAUUGUAACAAUGAUUGGAACAAACUGAUACCAAGAGGAGUUAAUCUUCUUGAUAUGGUGGACAACAAAGGUCAGCAAGAAGCUUGGUUUGAUCACAUGAUGAAACAUGGCCAAGCUGCUCUAGCUAGAAGAUUUACAUAUUUUAUGGGAUUAUGUUAUCGUGCAAUCACUGGUGUACUGGCUCAGCAAAAACCACCACUCCCAAAAUUUUUAGAUAGAACUCAAACACUUGAACAGAAUGAAGAUGAUACCUUGAAUUCUGAACAGAGCAUCGAAGGAGCUGCUUCAAACAAUCUCCCUGAACCUGGAAACCUUCACAAUUCAAAUGAGCCUAAAGCAAGUGCUGAGCCUGAUAAAGAUUCAGACGAACCUGUGAUAAUGAUGAAGGACCUGGACCCAAAGUAUAUGCUAGGAAGUGAUCCAUUCCUAAAUGGAGGGAGGUCUGUAUGGGCCAUUGCACAAGAUGAACUAGCCCAUUGCAGCCGCAAUAACUCCGGUGUUAAAAGUCACAGUAAAUCCCUUCAGAGGUCUUUACCAAAAUCAGAGACGUAUGAUAGUGACGACUCAGGUGACGAGCUUCUCUCAUCCAUCAAUAGACAGUUAGGUCUACAGCAAUCAGAUGACUGAAACAUAUUUGUUGUGGUAAUUUAUUUUACCUACAAACUUUGCGUUAUAGCCAUAAACUUAAGGCCAACAUUGACUAUGUAUACUAUACUCAUUAUAUACUUGACAUAUUGUCCCACUAAAGACUAUCUGAAAGAAGUGGGAAAUACUGUUGUUUUUACUUUACUUUACAUGCACCAAAGAUGUGUACGUUUUAAUUGUGAUCUGUGUCGUGCUAUUAGCAAUUUUCAUAUUCAUUAGGCACACUUGUUGUUUUGCAUCUGAUGUACAUACCUAAUUGUUAUCUUGUAGGCCUUUCUACUCUGAAUAUUGUAGGGGAGAGCUUUAAUGACCAUAUCCUGUCACAAAGACCCUUCAUAUUUCCUGAAUCCUAGGUUCUUGAAUGUAUGUUCAUAUAUACUGUACCUUACCAUUUUCUAUUUGUUCAAAAUUAACUGCAUCUCUUUGGGAGUCACUUAUCUUAUUCCUUUAUUAGCAUAUCAAGUAAUUCAAACAAUGCAACUUGUAUCUCUCUUAUUGUGUAUGCAUCUGCAGAACUGAACAAUUUAUGAUAUGGUGAGACAGGUGGCUCAUAAAGUUGAGCAUUUCUUUUUGUUUAAUAGGCAAUCCGCUUUCCCUCUCAAAUGCUCUUGACUAAAGUAGAAUGGGUUGCCUGUCCAAGAAAAAGAAGGGCAGACCUUACAAAUUUAAUUUUAAAAGAAGUCACACUGGAAUUACAUUCCUUCUCUAUUUUAUUUGUGAAUCAGAGUGGUUUUGUAUUCCAGGUAGAGUAAUUAUUUUAUCUACUGUAAAGAAUAGCCAAUAUUUUGUUGAAAUGCUGUUGGGGAAACUGUACUAAGUUGUAUUCGGAUACAAAUGCCUUUUUUGGCUUGCUUGGUAAGCAAAGUCAUAAGAUGUCUAUUGUAAUAAAAUGUAGGGAUUUUCUUUUCUUUCCUCUAGUUUACUGACAUUUUGUGUGACAACUUUGUGUAUAGGAUUUAAAUUAAUGGCAUAUCUAAUUAUGACUGCUGUAUCUCUUUAGUGAACUUCUGUCUUAUCAAAUUGGUGUAUGUGUCUUGUGAGAAUGGUACCUAAUCUAAUAUUUUUUAUUUUAUAAAAGAAAAAAUGAAUCAUAAAAAAAAACAAUGUUGUUUUAGUGAUAUAUUACAUCAAUUUAUUAGAACUGUAUGUAUCAUAUGUUAUCUAGCUUACUGUUUCUUUGUAGUCACAUUGAGUUGAGAUGCAUUUAUUGUGUUGAUGUAUGAUACUGAUACUUUACCAUGUGUUGUUGGUUUAUUGGUACUAUGUACUUUAUAUCUAGGUAACGUCUUCUCAAAUUCCAUGCUUACGGCCUUGUUCAGAGCUUAAACGUUGGAGGAUGAAAUAGUAGGUCCACUAAACAGUUUUUGUUUCAAUGGUCUGGCCUGUUUUUAACUCAUUUCUGAAGUAAAUAUUUUUUAUUUGACAUAUGCGGUAAUUUUUGAAAAAGAGCAGGUAAAAAGGAAAAUAAGCCAGGAGCCAGUGCUGAUAUCACAGAUAUGCAUUGAAAUUCUCUUGAGGUAUCAAUGCGUUUGAAAACUUCUAAUGAGAAUCAGCUGAAUAAAAAGUGAACUCUAUUAAAUUUCCAUACUGGUUCGUGUCCUGAUGUCCUCUUUAUCUUCUCUGUUUUCUGAAAGGGUCCUCCCAGCUUUCAAUAUCAAAAAGCUGGUUUUGCUCCUGUAAAUUACAUGCAUGCUAUAAUUUGAUAUAGCUCAUUUACUGUUACAUAUUUGGUAUUAGUAGUAUCCUUAAUUUUUCUCGAACUGAAGAGAAAAUCUUCCAAAUGUUGCCCAUCUUACAGUGUGUGUGGUGGGUCAAAAAUUAUGAUCUCAGGAUGAUUUUUUUUUUUUUUUUUUGGUGGGGGAGGAUUUACUGCAUGGUAUGUAGGCGGGCUGUGAUAGCUAGAUUGAGGCCAGAUUUCUUGUUUUGUGUAAUUUACUUUGGUUUCAUCUUCCCUGUGUUAGUUAUCGAACAGCAUUUAUCAAGACUGUUGACUGAAAUUGAAUACCUAGUUUUCUCUUUGUAUAUCAGGGUACUUACCAUGGGGGCGCCCCGUUUGUCCGAAGCCCGUUUGUCCGAAGUGAAAUAAUCUAUUUUAGUAAAUAAUAUAAGUAAAGUAGUUAGUUACAUUAUGUUAUUUCAUUUAGUGGCAGUUGUUGAAAUAAGAGCUUAAACAGGUACAGAUACCAUCAAGAGGGCAAACGAGGUGCCCAAGAGCAGUUCCGGACCCGGAAAAGGGUAAGUGAAAUAACUUUCGCUAUUUCACUAACUUAACUAAGUUAAUUAACUUAUAUUUGAAUUAGUCUUGGUUCGCGCCACGCCGUCGAGCGGCUGUGGUGCCCCGCGACUCUCGGAUCUGUUCGGCUCGGAUCGGCCGGCCUUCGGUGUGUCAAUGUCAAACACCUCAGUGGAACACCUAUGUUCUUCUAAUUCUGAUUCCUAUUGUUCUUAUAAAAGCGUGAUAUAAGCCUGUCGGAUCUGUUCGGCUCGGCUCGGGCGGCCUUCGGUGUGUCCAUUUUAAACACCACAAAGGAACACCAUCGCCUUUAUGGGGCUUAUAUCACGCUUUUAUAAGAACAAUAGGAAUCAGAAUUAGAAGAACAUAGGUGUUCCACUGAGGUGUUUGACAUUGACACACCGAAGGCCGGCCGAUCCGAGCCGAACAGAUCCGAGAGUCGCGGGGCACCACAGCCGCUCGACGGCGUGGCGCGAACCAAGACUAAUUCAAAUAUAAGUUAAUUAACUUAGAUAAGUUAAGUUAGUGAAAUAGCGUAAGUUAUUUCACUUACCCUUUUCCAGGCCCGGAACUGUAGUUAGGCGCUUCGUUAGUCCUCCUGAUGGUAUCUGUACCUGUUUUAGCUCUUAUUUCAACAACUGCCACUAAAUGAAAUAACAUAAUGUAACUAACUACUUUACUUAUUUUAUUUACUAAAAUAGAUUAUUUCACUUCGGACAAACGGGCUUCGGACAAACGGGCUCACCUCCUUACCAUGUACUUCAUGUAGAUAGGAGAUAGGAACAGCUCUGCAGUUAUGCAUUCACCUCUGCCUAAGUCAGCUUAUUUGGAAAACAUUCCUGCAAGAAAAAGUUGAAUUACGCUAUCAUUCUAAAGCCCCAAAGCUCUUUUUUUUCUUUUUCCUGUAAUUCUUGGGCGCAGUUUAUGCUAUGUUUACUUAGACAUUCAACACAGUUUGUGGUCUUUCAAACUGCAAAUUAGUUCUUGCUCCAUCUUGGGUGUUCAGCCAGUUUCAAUGCUCUGGACUCUUGCGACAUUGAAAGUAGUUGCCUCUCUUCUUUUUUCAACCAAUAUGGUUGUAUUAUUUUUUUAUGAUGAAUCUAUUGUUAUAAUGCAAAUCAAGGUGACUUGUGGCUAAGUCUAUGUAAGAGAGUUGUUCUUUUUUUUUUUUCAGAAAAAAAAAAUUCAGAAAAAAUAAGAAAAAGGAUAGAUAUUGUCUUGCAUCUAUGCGUUCUUGUAUGGUUUUCUCAAUGUUUGCACCAAACUUUUGAUCACUAGUUUGUAUUAUGGUCUCAAACAAUCGUUAAUGAUUAUAUAUUGAUCACUGUAAAUAGUUUUAUAAGAAUAUGAUAAUUUUAUCCAGAAUACCAACAAAGAAUACCAUUCUCUGUAAGUUGUGACUUGAAUUGAGUCUACGUAUCUGACUCUUCAAGCCUUUAGCUAAAUUAUCAUGUUGCAUCAUUUUUUAGACCUGUCAGACUUCACUGUUUUUCAGGUCUUCUGGAUAAUUUUUAAUGUGAUUCCCAGACUUAUAAGUCAAGUGGGGCUUAGCUGGACUUUUAUGCCUCCUUACUCCUCCCCCUCCUCUUACCUGCAGAUUACCUAAAUUGCUUGUUUUUUAUCAAUUGUAAUUUUUAAAUGUUGGCUGCUGUAUUUUUUGCUUUUUUUACUUUCAGUUCACUAUAAUUUCAUUGCAGUCAACACAUUAGUUCCAUAUUUUUAAUCAAGUGGCCAUUAUAUGUGAUAUGUUAUGUUGAAAAGUGGUUUUGAAGAAACAUUCUUGGAUUAGCAGCCUAGCCAGCAAACAUGAAUGAGCACAUUGUGCUGCUCUGAUCUACAAACUGUGUACAUAAAUUUAUUAAUUGCACUUCUAUUAUUUUGUCUACUUCUGAACUGCUUCAGUUGCUGUAUGGUGUAUUGUAUUGUUUAUACUUUGAAUUGUACUUAAAUAAUCAUGUAUGUUUAUUCAAAUUUGACCUAAAGUGGUAAAUGUUUAACUGAACUUCUUAAGUGUCAAUAUGUAUAAUAUGUAUAGUAUAAUUAAACCAAGGACUGACUGAAAGCUUGCAUUACCAAGGAAGUAAGGAAAUGUAGAUAGUAUGUAUGUUUGUGAAGGAUUCGGUCCCCACUUGUAGUGUCCAUAUUAUUUUUGAUGCAGGCAUGCCACGUCAAAAUUAAAUGAGUUGUGUCCUUGCAACAUCUUUUCUUUAAAAAAAGUAGUAAAAGUUACUAAAAAAAAUAAAAAAAAUGACAGUGUUCUCUGACUGUCACGAUUUUGUGCAGCAUAUUUCUCAUUUAUAUUGACUGGCUUCUGUGCAGCUUCUAAGGUGAUGCUAGCUCAUUUCAGUGUCACCAAUGAACUUAUUACCAUUUAGGAUGUGAUUUAUUCUUCUGACGUCAUGAAACUGGAACAAUGUUUUUACAGCAUGUUUUGCAUGUAUUUGCCCAUUUCCUAUAUUUUAUGUCUUGAGCAGUUCCAUGAGUAAAAUAAUAUACUUGUUUUGGCUCAAUUUUAUUUUAUGAGCUUUCAGAUUGACCCUUUGGUUUGAUUACUUAAAUUUUUAUCUGUAUUCUUGAACAUGACAACAGUUGGUAAAUGGAGCCUCUAGCUUUUGGUUUAACCCUUCAUUUUCCUUUUCAUUUGGUUCUCUUAUUGUACCCAAGCAGUUUUGACUCAGUAUGAAAAUGCCAAGAGACAUUUUCAAAACUUUCAGUAACUCUUUGUUCUUUGAUAUUUUGUUUCCUCAAAAUUUCUGUGUUGUAUAUUGAAGUACAUUGUUGCUUAAUAAAUAAAGUGGGUGUCAUUUA